CACGACCAUGUUUUCUGCCUUCCGAUAGUAUUUGGGUGCCCCACCCGCAUGAAGCCGGACUCGGAGGGUGACCAAACCCCGAGAAUCUGUCCCAGGUGCAACAACCCCGCUACCAUCCGCGUCAAGUCCCGGAUGUGGUUCGAACUCUGCUUCGUGCCCCUCAUCCCCAUGAGCUCCAAGCAUCUCUGGCUGUGCACCAUCUGCCAGUGGAGCGUGCCGCUCCAGCAGGGAUGGGAGCCAGCCCUCCCUGGAAACGCAUUCCAGCCCGGCGCCCAUGGCCAGUGGCAGGCACCCCCGUACGGUCUCCCGCCGAACGCUGCGCAGCGCGGCUACCAACCCGGCUACCCGGCCACGAGCCCAAAGGCUUAACGCGGGCCCAUAUCGACGCCGUGGCCAUCAGCCUUUUUCAUUCAUGAUACCUUUCUUGUACCAGUACUUGUCUUCCGGACGUCUCGCAUGCAUGCCACACCAUUGUAACCGUACACUGCCUCCAGAAUCACAUUCAUUUCGCU